AUGGCAAAGCAAUCUGAAGCCAGAAAUCAGAGAAUCUGGCCAGGGCACACCUCAUCCAGAUCGCCUUCCUCGUCAACCAGUAUCUCUCCGAUAACAGGCUACAUCGAAGCCUGCUUCGUGUCAAAGAGCUUGCUGAGUUUGUCUGAGAUUUUGAUCAAGUACAUAGCAUUGAAGGAGCAGAAAGUGUUGGACCAUGAGAAGGUUCAGGUGGAGCAAGAGAAAACCAGGGUUCAGAAGUUGUUGAAUGGGUUGCAGAACUCGAUAAACGUUUACAAUGCCAGUGGAAACCCCCAAAUCUCCAAAGAUAUCAAGACAUGGGAACCUAAAAGAGUUGCUGCAUUGGUUUUCUAUGUUUUUAUUGCCGUAGUUUCGUGCCAAAGAAUAUAUGUAGCAAUUCGAGCUCCUAUCCAAGAUCGCCAGAGGAAAGAGUUGACGGAGGCUUAUAUGGAGGCAGUGAUUCCUGAGCCAUCUCCGAGUAAUGUUAGCAAGCUUAAGAAGAGUAUGUGGAGGAAGACGACGCCCAAAGGCCUGAAAAUGAAGAAGUUUGUUGAAGGACCUGAUGGAACACUUAUCCAUGAUAGUUCUUAUGUGGGAGAGGAUGCAUGGGAUGAUGAUCCGCAGCUGCCUCAGGACAAUGUAAAACAAUUUAUUGACAGUGAUAUAAAAUUAAAUCCAGAAGAAAAGAAGGAAUUGAAAGAAGACCUGGGAAUUUCUGGUGAAGUUCAAGAGGAUACUGGAACAUGGCGUGAAAGACUUCAGAAAUGGAAGGAGAUCCUCCAAAAAGAAAAGUUAGCGGAACAGUUGGACUCUGCAAAUUCCAAGUAUGUAGUUGAAUUUGACAUGAAAGAGGUUGAAAACAGUCUUCGCAAGGAUGUAGUGGAGAAGGUAACAGAGACACAAGGAAAAGGGCGUUAUGGAUAGCUAAAAGAUGGUGGCUUUAUCGUCCCAAACUUCCUUAUACAUACUUUCUUCAAAAGCUUGACAGCUCUGAGGUUGCUGCUGUUGUAUUUACAGAAGACCUAAAAAGAAUAUAUGUUACUAUGAAAGAAGGUUUUCCAUUAGAAUAUGUUGUUGAUAUCCCCCUACACCCGUAUUUGUUUGAGAAUAUCUCAAGUUCUGGAGCUGAAGUUGAUCUUCUU